CUCCCGCUGAGUGUGGCGGCGGUGGGUGGGGGGGAAAAGGCCGCCUCUCGUCUGUGAGUCUCGAUCUGUUUACUCUUCGCGCAGCUGCGGCAGCGCUGAGUGGGUGGCGGCAGCAGCAGCAAGGGAGCGUCGGCGGCGCGGAUCGGCACCUCGCAACACCCCCUCCGCUUAUCUCCCUCAGCUCCUCCGCAGCCACGAAGCCAACCCCCCGCCCCAUCCCCCCUGCGCGCGCACAAACACACACACACAGUGUGGGGAAAGAUCAGGAUCGAGUGAGGCCGCGAGGGAACUGUGGAGGGCCAUGAAGACGGAGAUCUCCUCGGCUGCGGGCUUCAUCACCCGCCUCCUCCGGACGCCCGGCGGCAUCGGCGACGAGGAGCUACGCUGCUUCAGCGAGUCCCUCCAGGAGGCGCUGCGAGACCAUUAUAAGCACCACUGGUUCCCCCUGAUGCCUUCCAAAGGCUCAGGAUACCGCUGCAUUAGGAUCAAUCACAAGAUGGACCCCUUGAUAGGAAAGGCAGCGGGUAUGAUCGGACUAAGCCACGAGAGACUCUUCCAGCUCCUGCCCAGCGAAUUAACUCUUUGGAUCGACCCCUUUGAGGUGUCCUAUCGCAUCGGAGAAGAUGGGUCGAUCUGUGUCCUCUAUGAAGGCCCUCAGCCAGCAGUGAAGAAUGCCAAAGCUCUUGAGAGCAUGAGCAGCUGUAAAGAGGAGUGGAGAAUUGGCAGAGCCAGCCCUUCCAAAAACUACAACAUGAUGACAGUUUCCAGUUAAAAAAAUUAACAUUCCCUGUACAAUGAUGUAUGUAUGUAUCCCACUUUGAUAAUGAAGUUAGAUGAUGUAAUUGAUAUGUUGAUUUUCACCCCAUAGUCAUUAAAGUUGUAGUAGUACUGCCAAAUUCUUUGUUUUGUGGCCAAGGGCUAAUGUAUAAAAACAGUUCUUUAACUGUGUACUUUUUCUGGAUUGUAUACUGUAAAUGAAAUUGUACAGUCAAGAUGAUUGUUUUACAGAUUUAUAUUUUGGAAAAAAAUCCUUGGCUAUUUGUAAUAAAAAUGAAAUUAAUUUAAA